AUGUUCUUGCUAUCUUCCGCAGCGUCCCUUCAUGGGCAUGAAUUUAGUCCUCAAGUCGAACAUAAUCCCACUCAAAGAAGAAAUACAUUGGCACGUUCAGCAUUUUCCAAACCUACUAUACCACGAAGAAAUACCACUUACGAAACCACCGCUCCAAGAAUACGUCCUGUUUUUCCAAGACCACUAUCUGAGUAUACUCCCACAGCCAGUGAACCCGUGGUUCACUUCGAGGAGCCAGAAUUGGAGGCAAUGAGCGAAGAUGGCAGAUCUGUGGCCAACUCCGAGGGAACUACAUCCACUGUUGACAUUCGGAAACACCGCAGACGUUCGAUUCGAACGAGUACUGCCUUCUCGAUCGCACAUCCUGCGCCAACGUUAACCCAAAAACAACGAUUAUUACAGAUCCGACCACGAUUAUUGCUUCAAUUACAACUACUCUCAGCAGCCGCAAGACCUAAACCUGCAAUUGAUGUGGUACCUUCUACAUUAGUAGUUCCUCGACUAAUAAACAAAUUUCCCCGUAUGUUCCGGGGUAAGGGCGAAUUGGGCGCGAACAAUGUGAUGGUAUUGAAAAGCGAAGAUUAUGACACAGAAGAUGGACAAUAUUUUGAAGAAACAGAUUCGGAUGAUGAAAGCCUAGGCAAUCGACAUUUGAUGGCGGUCAUCUGCCCUUUGGGAAAAGAUUGUGGUGGGGCGUCUGGGAAAACCGAGAUCGUAAUGAACGACGGCGCAGUUUGGGUAGCCACCCCUUUGAACAACAAUCUUUAUGAAUUCGUCAAAACCGAUGGAGAUGGGAACAUCACCACUGCCAGAUGGGUGAAGAAAAAUACGAUGCGAAAAAGCGUGGACUUUUCUGAAAGCACCACUAAUAUCAAUAACGACUUUAGAUUUACUUUCAGUGUUAUCAACCCUGCAACUCGCAGACAUCCAAUCAUGGCAACACUUACCCCAAACAAGCUUGACAUCCCGGAUCACUAUGUCUCGGUGUCCUCCUCAUCCGCUAUAUAUCCUCCUACCACAUUGAACAAUAUCCAUCCUAGCGACACUGCAAAUCUGAACUCGGAUCAGACAGUCUCAUCGGAAAGGAAUGCCGUCGCCGUGGACGAGAACUUGGAAAGUCUCAUACAGGUGACAAGCAUUUGGGUCGCUCUACGUCAAGGACUGUCACCAUACUUCAAAUACAGUGACUCCAUGGCCGCAACAGUGAGCAAUCCUAGUCAUGGGCGUGCGGCUUCAAUGUGUCGAGUCAGAUCGGCAUCCCUAACACCUGGUACCCCUCGCCACAGCUCAGCAAUGAGUUUUUCCAGUACACCUGAAUCAAAUGCCAGGAGUUUGGGUGUUCUCGGGGACAAGAUUCGACGCUCGGUGGUGCGAGGGAGCCCAGUUUGCUCUUCCUUCCAAAGUGAUGUAGAAUUUACAACAAAAACCACGCCGAAGAUGGCCGUAUCUACAGGGUCUGUCUUCAUGAGGCGGGAGGCAGCUAGGAAGGCAAUGGGUACCGUCGCGAGCACCCGAGCAAGUGACAGUGAAGGGGAGGUCACAUUUCAGGCGGCGAAAAGAAGAGCCACUGAAGCACUUGUGACUGAUUUUCCUACGCCAUCUGGACCUCUCACGUUAUCUGGGUCAGCAACUAGCACCCCAGAUUCGACCCCGACGAAGCCGCAGCGCCGAGUUCAGUCUGCACAUAUUCCCACUAGUGCCCUUCAGCAUAGCUUCACAAACGGGAACGCCAAUGGGCAUAAAGGGCAUAAUAGCCUUGACGUGAUGCAAGAUAAAAAAGCGCCUUAUCUCAAUCCAAAACCCAAAUCCGGUAAAUGGAAGGCUUUCACCAAUUUCUUUAGACGGAGUCAUAGCCGUGUUGCAUGAUAUUUUUGGGGUCGUUUGGGUGGACAUUGUACUAACAUGUUUAUUUUGGCUCUGUUGCCAGUUUGCCAUUCGGUUGGGCGUCUCUACUGUAUUUUUCGUUUUCCUAAUUGUUAUACGCAGCACUAGGAUACCACGGGUUGUAAGGGAGUUAGUUCGUUGUGGGAGCAUUUGGAUAUACAAGGAAGGCGUUCUCGGUUCGCGAUGCUUGUAUUAUAGAGAACAUUGGCAGAGAGGUCUUGCCUCCCGAUAUAAUGGAUUUUGGUUCUCGUGCGAACAUCCUCGCCCCGUUGGUUUCGCAUGGAAUGACUAAUGGCCAUUUCAGCCAUGCGUGGAAUUCGUGCUCCAGACCGACGAAUGUUGAUUAAUGGUAUAUGUAUAGGUAUAGGUAGCUCUCCUGCUGAUGUGGACGAUGGUGGCGGGCGUGAAUGGGUGAUGGCAAGUCGUACUCGGGUAGGCAGAUCCUCCACACGUAUCCUCUUGCGUACGGGGUCUUGCCUAUUCACCCUCACCCACCUGCACUUACAAAUACGAGUAAUGAGAAGCAGCAGCACCAGACCACACAAGACCACCCACCAAACCUGUGUUGCAUGCCAGAUUGUAUCCUCAUCUCCUCUGGACUAUUCCUAUCGCCCGGUUCCGUAUCUUCACUGUGUCUCGUAGUGCAUGGUUACUGAUUGAUCUUCACCUUCGGGUUGCAUACUGUACAGUCGGGUACAGGUACAGGCACGGCAACGAGUAGUCCGUCAGGCAAGGCUGUCAACCUUGUGCGACUAACCGCCAGAUCAACAGCACUGUAACUUGCCAUUCCCCCAUCAUCAAUCCCGGCACGGGAGAUAAUCUCCAAUCACAAAGACACCGAGGACUCUUGAGAGAGUUAUUGUCGGUCCCCCUUCGGAUUCGCAACAUUCAGCACCCCCCGCCUCUUGAACGUCCCUACUCUAUUCCACCCGUGGUAUGAACACCCCUUCCUCCGCUUCCGUCAUCCAUAGAAACAUCCCAAUAUGGUGCUGACGAGAUGGCAGAUUCAGAACGUCCUACCAAAGGGUCAAAGCGAUCGGUUGAGUCGAGAAGCAAACAGGGCGCGCAAACCGUCAUGGCAGGAGGGAUAUCGAAUGGUCGCACACAUCCACAAUUCCUUCCGACCAUGAUGCAGAAUGGAAGCGCAAACGAUGCGAUAUCGCGCGCGACGUCCCCAGGGCUGAGCUACAGCGUCAAUGGCGUGGAUCCAGAAAAGGAGAAGCGCUACCGUCCACGGACAUAUCCAUACUUUAAGCUCCUGCCGUACAAGGUCGAAGAGGAAGGCGAGAGAAAUGAAGCUCUAGAGGAGAUCUUGAAGCAGCUUUAUAUUGCGAUCAAGGCCGAGGAUAUUUCGCCGGGUGCCAUACACUGGACGAGGGAGCUCAAGGGAUGGCUGAAUCUCAAGUUCGAGAUCACGCGAACGACUCGAGUAAAGCUCGUUAAGCUGUAUUAUAUGCUUGCGCUAGCUCCCGGGGUAGAUUAUGCGGCUGCGGAAAGAUUUGAGAGCAUGUUCCGCACACUUACAAAGUGAGCUUAAGCAUAACCCCCAACCGGUGCUGUUUCGUGCCAGACUAAUCAGAUGCGAAUAGGAGAAAACACUAUCUGAAGCCUGGAGAUGAUCUUAUUCUGGAUUGGCGACCACUAUGGAAGGAAAUCAAGACAUUUGUAUUACCUUAUGAGAUACCAACACACCAAGCAGGACGAAGAAGGCCCCACAAAUCUGUUGCCAGCAUGUGUACUUUUGCAUACCAGUACUUUGAUCCUCGUGAAAGGCAGGCUAUGCUGGAUGAGAUUUUACCUUACUUCAGUACUUCCGAGAUCAACGGUGCUUUUAUUGUGAUGGGAGCACUUAACAUGCUAAUGCCUACACACCCCGCGCCCAAUGAACCAGGCCAGUUGCAGCCACAAGACUAUCUACCUACCUUCUUCCACCUAUGGUCGUUGGUAAACAGAUCGAAGGCAUUUGAUGUCAUGUUUUUCGAUAUCUUCUCGCGCUUGGCCCGGGACUCGUUGACUUGCGAACAUGUUCAGUUCUCCGAGUAUGGCAUCUUUACCAAGGACCAAUCUGAUCUUAUCUUUACAGCAUUACUCAGACUUACCGAGAUUCCUGUUGGGCAAGCAACUUCCCCUUAUUCUACACGGAUCGAUCAGCUAUCUGGUCUUGGUGUGUAUCUGGAGAAGGACAGAAAGAAGAACCCGCUGGGUUACUCCAUUGCUCGAUGGAUAGUUAUGUCAUUAUCACCCUCUUGUAUUGACAAGCCGGGAUCAAUACUCUCGAAUCUAGAAGGUAUGAUGGAGUCCAUCGACACCUUCUUCCAUCCAUCAAAUCAGGGUGGCUGGACCGAUAUGCUUGCGCAGAUAGUGUUCCACUUAGUGGACUUUUUCGUCAUGCGUUGGAAUCGAGAGCAAAGUGGAGAACUAGACACCCCCCCAGAGCGCCGAAUCAACGACGAAUUAAAGAGACGAUUUGUUUUGAGUUUGAAAGAAGUCAUGUUCAUGGGUCUGUUCUCCAAGAAAGCUAAGCCUUUGAACUACUUUUUUGCGGCCAUUCAAGGCCUCUCGUAUCUUGAACCUCAUUUGAUUUUACCUGGAGCUCUCCAACGAUUUUAUCCCUCCUUGCAGGGUCUGGUUGAGGUACAUCGCACACAAUCGUCUCUUUGUGGAUUACAAAUGACUGCAAAUGUAAUGUCCAAACACAAGGGGCUGCGGUGUCAUGUCACUGCUCUCUUGGCUUUAGCCUUACCAGGCAUUGAUGCAAAUGAUUUAUCCAAAACUCAACACACUCUCAAUUUCAUUCAGUCUGUGGCAUACAGCAUACCAUUUGCCGAUUUGACGAAAGAACAUGAUGAGAUCCAUGAUACUACGCUUGCCAUCCAGUGGGUGCAAGGUGAGAUGGAGCGCAUGGAGAGAGAAGGUCCGAAUGUUCAGAUCGACUACCGGACUGAGUUGAGUGACGAGGACGAGGCAAACAUUCUUCGGUCCUCCACUGCCGGGUUUGGAGAGUUUGUCAUGUCUUUACUUGGGAAGGUUUUCACCCUGCUGGAAAAUCUUCCCGAGGCAGCUCGAGUACGCUCGGGAUCUCCGGAGGAAGCUGUUAUCAACACACUACCUGCUGCUCUCACACCUCUGUUUGCUGCCCUCUCGCCCGCAAACUUCGACAAAGCUUUGGAAAAGGUGGCAGCGUUUGUGGGUGGUCAUGUGGUCCAUCAAGCUCGAGAUGCAAUGGCAUUUAUAUGCAAUGCUCUCUGCAAGGCCAAUCCAGCCAAGACUCUUAAAAUAUUUGUACCUAUGCUUGUUGUUGGGAUCAGAAAUGAGAUUGAUCACAAUGAUGCUGCCUCAGAUAGAAGCAGUGGUACUGACGUACUGCCGCGAGAUCGCGCUCUAGUGUGGCACAUUAGCAUGCUUAGUAUGAUAAUUGUCCAUGUUGGUAGUGGACUCAUGCCUUACAAGAAAGACCUUUUUGACAUUGCGCUAUACAUGCAAGAGAAGUGCCGAGGAAUUCCAACCAUCCACAUUUCGAAUUACAUCCACCACCUGCUCCUCAAUCUCACUCUCAUCUACCCUGUGGAUAGUGCUCUGUAUGAGCCUUCUGUAAUCGAGAAGGGCUUGGAUGUUAGUGACUGGGGUCGAUCCCUCGACCCGAAUGAUCUCACGAUCGAUUGGCAUCUUCCUUCCAAGGAAGAAAUCGAAUUCGCAGUGGAAUUGUUUGAGUCUCAAGUCGUGACCGCUGUAGAACGCUUGACGGACCUCAUUAGCGAAAAUCCGAAAAUUAGUAGGAAAGGAAAGAAUAAGGAAUGGUCGGAUGAAGUUUCAAGAAAUCUUUCCCAGAUCCGGCUCAUCAUUUCCGGCGUUGCCACUCUCUUCGACCCCAAGAAAGCCUCGGGACAAACUGAGAAGGACCGAGAUGGCGAUAGCAACAUGGAAGGCGCCGACUCAAGUUCCGAGGAUGAGAACCCACUUGCUGAGGCAGCUGAAGAUGCCGAAACGAGGCCUCAAUUUCAUUAUCGUGCAGGUUACUUACUCGAUGAGGAUAGUGAGACUUACGCCCACCUUCAUGCCUUGCGAGAAAAUAUCGGCCACCUUCUGUCCAAGAUACACAAUUUUCUGGUCAAUGAGCAAGAAGACGACGUUUCUUGCUUCACUGCUUUAUACUCCGCCUAUCGCACCUGGAUCACCGAUGUUGGCAAUGAGCGAUCUGCCCACAUGCUGGAACGUGUUACCAGACUUUAUUCAAGUGACAUUAGGGCUUUCAAGAUUAGCGGUCUACGAAAAGCUUACCCUAGGCCGCUGCUGGUGAGACGAGCAGGAAUAUAUCAUUUCCAAAGAGUGAAGCACAACUCUUCAGCGAGACACAAGUCAGAUCUGGAUAAGAAGUUGCUUUUGGAGCUGGCUGCAUCAUCAGUCUCUCUCUAUGCGGAAGUCAGAGUCAACGCCCAAUCAGCGCUGGAGGCUGCCCUGAAGAGUCUUUUGGCUGGUCGACCGCUUGUCAUUCCUCCACUUCUAAGCACGUUUCGUAAGGCUCUCGACUCGGACGAUUUUGACAGAAUAAAGGGCUCCUUGUAUACAUUACUUUUUGGAAGUCUCACCAAAACAAUUUCACGAGAUUGGCGGUUUGCUCCAGACAUGAUUGAGUUGUAUAUCAGAUCGGCUUCUGUUGACAAGCCAUCAAUUCAAAAGGUUUCUGGGUCGGCUUUGUAUGGUGGUCUUGCCGAGUUUGGAAAAUCUUUGGAACAUCAUAUGGUAAUCAGCCAGGAUCUUGUGGAAACAAUUGUGCCCAAGGAGGAUUGCGACGUCCGGAUUAGUACCAGAAAUAGCUUCAUCAAGGAACGUAGAAGCAAGGUGGAAGGAAAGAAGUCCGAACUGUCGCGCAAGCUAAUAGAAAUAUCAAAGAACUCGCACUGGAAGAUUGCAGGAAGAUGCGCCAUUUUCAUUAUGAACAGUGGUCUUCGAGUCCAGACUCUUGCGGAACCUGAUCUGAUAGAGAUGGCGGUCAAGGGCGCCAUUGAUGACCAUCCAGGCCUCCGCAUGAGCUACUCAGAGGCAUUCAUUCGCAUUUUCAAUCAUGUUGAAACCCGUGCUAUUUAUGGCCAUAGUGCGGAAAAAUUCAUCCGGGAAGAGGAAAACCAAAUCAACAGAAUUGAAGUCGAAGUAGAAAAUGGAGAUUCCGCCUGGACGGAAGCAUUUCUGGCUGGAUUCGAGAGCCCGGAGCUACCAGAGUACUUCGUCGACCGAGACUUUCCUGGAUGGCUUGUAUGGGGCAAGAAGUUCAAGGCUUUAGCUUCUCGUCCGGUUGAGUUCGAGGAUUAUGAUGAACUAGAAGUCAAGGUGCGAAAGCAGAUUGGCUCACUCUUGACGCGGGAUUGGUACAGCAAGUUUUUUGGAUAUAUGAAGCAAGAACCCCGUGAUACCUCAUCGGAUCGAUUCCGAGUUCACAAUGCUGGGCUCCUCAUUCAAACCUUUGAGCUUACUCUCAACGGCUCGUCUGCUGCUACUUUCGAGGACAUCAAAGACCUGAUCAAGACGACAUUUGAGGAUGGUACUGACAAGCACCAACAUCGUGCUACUGCUGAAAUAUUGGCUGCACUUCUUAUCUCAGUCAUGGAACGUCCACGGAAGGUCCGCGAUGAGGUUUGGGCUUAUGGUGUGCCAAUUUUGCUGGGCGUGUUCAGCGACGGCCUGACACCAGAAAAUAUGGCUUACUGGAUGACAUGUAUGCACAUGAUUAUUGGUGGGAAAGACCCUCGGCAAUCACGAGAAAUCUUCGAUUGGCUUGUCGCUUUCCGACUCGACAUGUCAUCAAAUGCGGCUUUCAAAGAAAGCUCCAAAGUACAGCUACUUACAUUUGCUAUUACAGACGCUGGUUGGCAUUUUCGACAUGAAAAGCCGAUUUUGGAAGACUUCCUUGCCCAUAUCGACCACCCCUACAAGGCAGUGAGAGAAGCUAUGGGACAGACUAUUGCUGCAAUCUAUCGCACGCGUUAUUAUGAGGCUUUCAAGGACGUUCCUACAUUACUUGCGGAGAACAAGGCAUCGUCCUCAAUAGGUAUCAAACCGUACAGUCCUACAGAGGCAUUUGCGUCAACUCUCAAGGAUGUCUUCCACCGACUCGAGGUUUGGCGUGGUGGGCGUACACCCGGUCAGCAGACUCCCUCUUCAUAUACAUCGGGGAGCAAGACUGUCCUGUUGUGGCUUGAUGAAACUUUACUGUCCUGGGAAUGCGUUCAACUUCUAGAUUACUUCCCUGACGUUUUCAUGGAGCAGCUUCUUCAUAUGAUGGAUGUCAAAGAAGAUCCCGAACUUCAGAAACUCGCCUAUCAAGUUUACCGUCACCUACCCAAUAUCCCUUUCCGUGCAGGUGAGGAUGGUGAUUUCAUCUCGGCUCUGAUUCGCAUUGGCAAGGUUUCAACCUCUUGGCAUCAGCGGUUAAGAACACUGAUCAACAUGCAAGUUAUCUAUUUCCGCCGUAUCUUCUUGAUUCGACCGGAACAACAACAAGCGAUCUUUGCCGCUGUUGCAGACAUGCUUGAAGAUACUCAACACGAAGUCCGAAUGGGAGCUUCCACUACCUUGGCAGGCAUGAUUCGAUGCUCACCUAUCGCGCUCCGGAAUAACAUCCUCUCUGCCCUCAAGACCAAGUUCACCGCUGCUUUACGAAAGAACCCCAUGCCGAAGAAGACUUGCGGGACCAGCACACCUGUGAACAGCAAUCAGCAAGUGAUCCGUCGUCAUGCAGCGGUCCUUGGAUUGGGAGCUCUGGUUAAUGCUUUCCCAUAUGCGACACCGCCGCCAGAGUGGAUGCCGGAGAUUUUGGCGAUGCUGGCGAGUAAGGCAGCGAACGAUGCAGGUGCGAUUGGGAAGACUGUCAAGACCAUCCUGGCGGAUUUCAAGAAGACUAGGCAGGAUACUUGGGUUACUGAUCAGAAGGUAAGCUUGUCUCCUUUUUUCAUGUGUGAUUGGUGGAAGGUGGAAGCUGCCGUAUUGUGGAGUCCUUGCUGACGUUGAGAAUCAUAGUAUUUCACCUCGGAACAAUUAGAGGAUCUGGAGGGCGUUCUGUGGAAGUCGUAUUUUGCGUAGAGAGAUGUCUUGCAUCGUGUUAUUUGAAGGCUGACCAUGGGAGGAAGGCAGGGGCAAGAAUGGGUUGUCACUUGUAUAUCACCUGUUCCGUGAGCGAGCAAGGGGUUGCUUAAUUGGCAUCGGGUCCUGGGGGGUCAGAGAUGUGGGCUGGUCGUUGCUGUUAAUGGUGGGGAUGUUUUGCUAGGCGAUGCUGAGUGAAUGGGAUGUGCAGAUGCUGGGCCUAGAGUCGUCGAGGAAGUCAGGGCUUUACUUGUGUAUAAAGGGGUGAUGUGGGUGUUUCUAUAGGGAUCGUGGGG